GGUGCGUUCUUCGGUAGCGUGUGUUUUUUCGUGUAGCUCCCGUUUUAACGGUAACGGUUACGCUCCGCAAUGGAAGGAAAUAAGGACGAAGCCGAGCGCUGUAUCGAGAUUGCAGUCAACGCAAUAAGAAAAAACCAAGCCGACAAAGCGCGCCGGUUUCUGCAAAAAGCACAGAGACUCUUUCCAACCGACAAGGCAGAAGCAUUGUUGGAGUCACUGCAACAGAACAGACACGCUUCCACUCAGAAUAGAUCUUCAGAGGAAACGGAGGCUUCGGAAAUCAGGUCCGAAAACCACAGAGCUGAAGAGGAUAGAAGCUCUGACUCAGCGAAAACAUACACUAAGGACCAGGUGGAUGCCGUCAAAAGAAUAAAACAAUGUAAAAACUACUAUGAGAUACUUGGAGUCCAGAAAGAUGCAUCAGAUGAUGACCUUAAAAAAGCAUACAGGAAACUAGCACUCAAGUUUCAUCCUGAUAAGAAUCAUGCACCGGCGGCUACAGAAGCUUUUAAAGCCAUAGGGAACGCGUAUGCAGUAUUAUCUAACCCAGAGAAGAGGCGUCAGUAUGACCAGUAUGGGCAGGUGAGAGGCAGUGCCAGCAGACACAGCCAUGCUAAUGCAGACUUCCAGCCUGAUAUCACCCCAGAGGAUCUCUUCAACAUGUUCUUUGGAGGAGGAUUUCCCUCUAGUAACGUUCACAUGUACAGCAACGGGCGAACGCGCUUCAGCCAGCAGCGUGAGAGAAGAGAGCCAAGAGGAGGUGGCUUGGCUCUCUUCGUCCAGCUCAUGCCCAUCCUUAUACUUGUUAUUGUGUCAGCUCUCAGCCAGAUGAUGGUGACCAACCCUCCGUACAGCCUUACUUUCACACCGUCUGCGGGUCACACACAGAAGCGUUUGACGGAGACCCUGCGUGUGCCGUACUACGUGAGCGAGCGCUUCAGUCAAGAAUACAGUGGCAUGAGUCUGAGGAAGGUGGAGCGUAACGUAGAGGACGACUACGUCUCUGCUCUGAGAAACAACUGCUGGAGAGAGAAACAGCAGAAAGAAGGUUUGCUGUACCGUGCGCGGUAUUUUGGGGACAGUGACCUGUACCACAGAGCUCAGAGGAUGGACACUCCCAGCUGCUCCAGACUAUCGGAAAUGCAGUGUUCUGUCCAUGGAUAAACUGAUGCCAUCGUUGUGAGAACAGGUUUAAGAAGAAUCUUCCCUUUGGAGAUGGCAAAAGGAACAGUGGCAGAAAUCAGCCAAAGGAAAGACUCCAGAUUGACUACUGAUUGUAUGUGUGUGUGAGUGUGUCUGUGUGUGUGUGUGGGUGGGUUAGAGACGAUCUGUUGUGAUCUUGCUGUAAUGUUCAUAUAAGGCUGAGGAUCUCCCCCCUAGCUGACCACUCCCUAGACCUGAGCUACACCUCGAGAGAAGGAUUCACACAGUUAAGAAAUAUUGAUUAUCUGUUUAUUACCCAGAUUAAUGAAACUACAAAUGUUCUUUUCAGGUCAGUUUAUCAAAAUCCUUUUUUUUCCCUGUAGUUUGGUAGUUGGUAGUUUGUGAAUGUUUAUCGUAGCUCUAAAGUCACUUUGUAUUAAUUUAUAAUUGUAUGUCUGAGACUCAUCUAUGCAGGGGUUUUAUUGAGUAGGUUACAUAUAUUUAUUAAGCUUUAAUUAAUGAAGAUUUGCACUCCAUACUUUUAUCUUGGACACUAAAAUUUAAAGGGUAAUUCCACCAAUUUGUAAAAAUUUCUGCAUAAGUAAAUGUUGUAAACAAAAUUCAUUCAGAGUUGUUUGAUGUGAAAUGCUCUGUUCCAGAGAGACUUCAGACAGAGUCAGAAUUGUUUGGAGAGGUACAUGCAGGGUACGGAGAAAGAGAAAUACUUUUCGGAUCUACCACUAUUUUACCACUAUCAGCGUUACAUAUAAAGCUAAAGGUACAUGUGGGUUCACUUAUCAUUUUGAAUAGUAAAUAAAAUGGCUAUAUUUGCAUUGUAGAUAUAGUGACCCCUGGUUCCUAUCACCAAUGUUUAAGAAUAUACAUUAGUAGCUUUCUCUGUAAUCAUUGCCCAUCAAAUCACUCUAAAUGACGAUUGAUUUAUGCAGAAAUUGGUGGAAUUCUCUUUUAAGCUGGCUGCUGUAUAAAGUUAGGUAGUAUUUAUUGAAAGAUCUGGACUUUUUUAAAUUGUAAAGUUUUAUAUUUUCAGCUCCUGUGGAAUUGUUGCAUUGCUGGCAAAGGAAUCACAUUGCAAUGUUUCUGCUCUGGACAUUUGAAACAAUAAAAAUCCUACGUGCCACUCUUCA